CAGAUGUUUGUCCAUAUCCUCAAAGAUGAAGGAGUUCGAGGCCUCUAUCGCGGUCUUACCGCUUCCCUCCUACGCCAAAUCACCUACAGCACCACGCGAUUCGGAGUCUACGAGAAACUGAAAGAUGUCACCCACUCAUACUCCGAACGCCCGUCCUUCUUCGAGCUCGUCCUCAUGGCCUCCACCUCCGGCUUCCUCGGCGGCGUAGUCGGCAAUCCCGCCGAUAUCCUCAAUGUUCGCAUGCAGAAUGAUGCGGCGCUGCCAGCGGCGGAGAAAAGAAAUUACAAACACGCAAUCGACGGACUGAUACGCAUGACCCGCGAAGAAGGCGUGGCAAGCUUGUUCCGUGGAGUCUGGCCCAACAGCACCCGGGCAUUGCUGAUGACCGCCUCGCAACUCGCAACCUACGACUUGUUCAAGAAAGAGCUGCUGGAACGAGCAAAGAUGCGGGACAACCUCUACACCCACUUCAGCGCCUCCUUGAUGGCAGGCUUUGUGGCUACCACGGUUUGCAGUCCUGUGGACGUGAUCAAGACUCGCGUCAUGAGCGCCACGACGAAAGAAAGCAUAUUGACGCUCGUCACCCGCAUCACGGCUGAGGAAGGGCUGAUGUGGGUGUUCAAGGGCUGGGUGCCGAGUUUCGUCCGCCUCGGCCCUCACACGAUCGCGACUUUCAUGUUCUUGGAGCAGCACAAGAAGAUUUACCGCAAGCUGAAGGGUCAUGAGUAG